AUGACAGUUCAAGAAUUUGAAAAGUCUUAUAUAGCAACGAAAAAAGCAUAUGAUGAAGUAAUAAAUUAUGAAAAUCAGCCGUCAUAUCAAAAAUUGAUUACAAAUACACAACCUAAAGAAGAUGCAAUAAACGAUUACCUAAAAAAUCAAAUGCCUGAAAUCUCAGAGGAAAAAUUUCCAAGUGCAUAUUGUGAAGAACAUAAUAUCAGAUACAUGUAUAAAAAUUAUGAAGUUUACGCUGAUCCAACAGAUGAGGUUUAUUACAGUAAGUAA